AUGGACCAAAACUCCAAUGGCGGGACUCAAGAAGGUCCCAAAAUCAUCCGCCCAAUCCCUCGACGACCCUUCAGCCUAGCAUCACCACCAACCAUCUCUCGUAAGGAUGAGUCUCCCUCCCCAGCUCCUGGAAGAGACUCCAACACUUCGCCCCAACCACGCAUCACAGCCGCCGACCUCCGCUUCCUCCUGGACCCUCGAUCUCCCUUCAACAGCAGCGCUUCUCCCGCUGGCAGCGGCGCCGUCACCAGCGGUCUUGAUUCCUCCAACCUCAGCAGAGCUACCUCCUUCCGGAACCUAACCUCUUCGACUCUCUUCGGCAUCUUCUCCGACCCCGGUGAGCUCGGGAUGGCCGCCACCACACCCAGCGUAGGUCGGUCAGCAUCGAACCUACGCCAUGGACUUUACUUUGGCAAGCAACUCCAGGAGGAAACUGAGGACGAAGACAACGUACUAGGCAUUGCCGGGGACGCCAGGGACGAUGAAAAUGACGAGGACGAGGACGAGAACUACCAGGAGACCAUCACCCUCCGCCCCAAGCGCCAACGACGAGUUUCCUCCAUAACAUCCACCAUCCCCCCCUUCAGAGGCGAACCCUCGUCAUCAGACAUCAACAGCAGCAACGACAACCCAGUAAUGGGCCUGCUCUGGUCAUUACUCCGGACCACUCUCCUCUUCGCUCUCGGCGCGGGCUACGGCGUGCUCGUGACUCGCUUGCCCAACGGAGAUAGCGUCACGGGCGGCUACGGCUGGCGCUACCUCACCUUCUGGGGAGCGGCCGGCGUAGUGUUGGGCAGGCUACUUCCCUGGUUUGAUCAAGUAUGGGAGGAAGCAUUUGGGAAGAGGACUAGGAUGACCAAGAAAGAGAAGGAAAGGCGACGAGCUGCUGCUGCUGCAGAGGCCGCCGCCGCUCUGUUGCAACAAGCCCCUCCACCGUCAUCAAGGACUUUUCCAAGGAAGACACCAGUCACCACCCUCCCCGUUGAGACGGAUUCCAACAGCGGAGGCGUCACCAGCCCGCCCGAAGCGGACUGGCCCCUCGUUGUCCGCAGCAUCGGCGCCUUUGUCGGCAUCGUCUUCGCCAUCCGCCGUCUGCCUUGGGCCUCGACCAUGCAAGUAUCUAUCACCCUCGCGCUUGCGAAUCCGUUCCUGUGGUACCUGAUCGACCGCUCCAAACCCGGGUUCCUUCUCAGUGCCGCCGUGGGCGUUACGGGAUCCGCCAUCCUGAUGGGGUUGGGUAACCCCGAUAUGAUGCCUGCACCCGUGGCUGGAGCUGCGUAUCACGACCAUCAAUUCCUGACGACGAGCGGGCAACCUGCGAUGGACGUGCUUAAUAGGACUACAUCCGGGUUGCCUCGGAGCGCAUCAGCGAGGAUGAGUGGUAUAGGAGGGGCGAGCAGCGAAAACGCGGCCGUCAUUGAGACGGGUAUUUGGAUGCUCAGUGUGCUGUUUUGCAGUUGCGUGUGCUUUGGAAACAUUGGGAGGAGGUUGGCGCUGAAUAAGUCGGCGGCUUCCAGGGGGAGAUGGGGUGGUGUCAGGUGA